GUUUGCAAAUGAGUAUAGUCUAAGGUCCAAGGUUUAGGGAGUUGCUGAGGAUAUCUGAGUGCAGCGGACUCAGCUGACAGUUUGACACUGACAUGAUGGGAAGGCUCACGGUGACGGCGCUGGUCCUCCUGGUUCUCUGCAUCUGCAAGACAUUAGGACAGUCCUGUGAAGGGAACUGUGGGAAUGCAUUAGCCUUGUGUUCAUGCCACACAACAUGUGGGUCUCUGAAAAACUGCUGCAGUGACUACAAAGAGUACUGCGUGGAUUUCUUGCCGCACUCCGGUUCAAUUUUCGGCGGGACAGACUUUCUCAUCUUAAAUGCAAAAUUCGGUAACAAUUCACAGAUUGUUUGCAGGUUCGAUGAUCGUAUAAAUACUGUGGGGUAUGUGGAUGAAAAGAGCAGAGGCCACUGUAUCUCCCCAACGUUAUAUGAAACGGGAUGGAUUCCUGUGAGCAUAUCCUCAGACAAUGGCACCACUUUUCGUCAGGUUGGAGCCUGGCUUUCAGUACACACCGGCAAGUUAUCGUCUCGUUUCAAGGCGAUUCUAAACAACUCAACAAAGUGGCAGUACUACGGCACGCCUGGUGUCGGAGGCAAUCUUGAAGUGAAAUGGAAUACCUCUUUGGUCAGAGGAGAAAGGGUCAAUAUAGAGCUCUGGGGAUACAGUGAGACAGGACAGUCCUACACAGACUCCUGGCGGGGCGAGUGGCAGUAUCUAUACUCACUUGGAAAGGAUCAACCCAACAGCGGCUCCUUCACCUUUUUGCCCAAACCAGCAGAGAACGGCUUCUCAAACUGGGAGCUCGGCUCUGUGCGCAUUAGCGCCAGCUCCCACCCCGACGGCAUGUGGAACGUCCAAGCGGCGUGGACCGAGGAUCACGCUCUGGCCUGGCAUCUGGAGGAGAAGUUCAGGCAGGACUCAGUUGCUUGGGCCGUGGACAAAUGUGUAAAAUGGGACGAGCUGGAAAAUAAGCUGCCCAACUUCCUCAGUGAGAUCAUCGACUGCCCCUGCACCCUGGCUCAAGCGAGGGCAGACACGGGGAGGUUUCACACGGACUAUGGCUGUGACAUAGAGAAAGGCAGUGUGUGCACGUACCACCCUGGGAGCGUUCACUGUGUGAGGGCUAUACAAGCCAGUCCCAUGUAUGCAGCAGGACAGCAGUGUUGCUACGACAGCACCGGUGCUCAGGUUCUGACAGCUGACUCCAUUGGGGGUAGUACCCCAGACCGAGCACACGACUGGGGCUCGCCUCCCUACAAGAACCCCCCUCGAAUCCCCGGAUUUUCCCACUGGAUCUAUGACGUCCUCAGCUUCUACUACUGCUGCCUCUGGUCUGACAACUGUCACUACUACUUCAAACACCGGCCCUCCAGCGACUGCAGGCGUUACCAGCCACCCAACUCGGCCGUGGUAUUCGGAGAUCCCCACUUCAUAACAUUUGACAGCGUCAGCUACUCCUUCAACGGCAAAGGGGAGUACACUUUGUUGACCUCAGAGAAGAAAAAGCUGACAAUCCAAGGCAGAACUGAACCAGUGAAUGCCACAAUAAAAGCAACAAAGUUGUCGGCUCUGGCCAUGAGAGAAGCCUCUUCGGACAUUAUUGAGGUGCGGCUGGCCAGCGGUCACAAUGGCCUGGAAGUGCUGCAGAAUCAAAAAACCCUCUCCUUCUCAGAGCAGAUCUGGAUGGACUUGCACGGUGUGUUCGUGUUUUCUCCGACCUCCGCUAACGUGACCGUGAUGUUCCCCUCCGGAGCCGGGGUGGAAGUGCGGAGAAGGGGGGAAACCAUGACGACCACCGUCCUCCUGCCAGACGACUUCAAAGACUCAACUCUCGGGCUGCUGGGAAAGAUGAAUGGCGACGCCAAAGACGACCUCGCUUUUAGCGACGGUCAGCUCGUGCAGGACCACAGCGAUCCGGACGAGCUGUUCCGCUUCGGGGCAAGCUGGGCUGUAUCCAACCAGUCGGCCCUGUUCACAUACGAUUCGAAAUACCUUUUAGACACAUAUUUCCAUGCUCCCAGACAUGAUGCCAGUUUUAUUCCAGUGUUUUCUACCCCUGAGAGUGCAGAUGAUCCUCUGAACAAUCAGGCAGCAGAGAUUUGCACCGGAGAGGGCUCUCAGUUCUGUAGGUAUGAUAUCCUGGUAGGUCGCAGCCCAGCUAUGGGAAAUGCAACCAGAAUCUCUUUCCAGAGUCACAUUUCACUCGUAUCUGAUCUAAAGCCAGUGAUAACCUGCGGGUGGCUUCCACCACCAAACAAUGGGAAAAGACACGGGACCACGUAUCUACAGGGAGCUACGGUGCGGUUUACCUGCGACGAGGGCUACUCUCUCCAAGGAUCAGCUGAGCGGACGUGCCAGGGCAGCGGCCAGUGGACCGGAGAAGAGACAACCUGCGUGGUUUCUAGUAACAUCGCAGGGAUCGUGGCUGGUUCGGUCAUUGGCGCCCUGGCACUGAUCUUAAUCAUAACAACAAUUGUGCUCCACUCCAAAAAGCAGAAAAGGAAACAGCGUAAAGAGGGAGAAAGUGAAGCCUUCUAAUGCUCGCAGGAAUCCUUAACGCAUUCAUAUUUUCAUCUACUGUAAAAUGACUGUAUAGAAAAAAUAGAAAAUCUAAAACAAUCAUAUUUAAAUAUCAGAUUUCUUACACACAUAUUGCCUACUCCAGACAGAAGAUACAAACAAUAUGUUUUUACUUUGACCGCAGACCUUGUAGAUUACACCCACGCACAAUUAUAACAUGUGGUCGAGCAAAGUUCUCAGCAUGGUUAAACAGUAACUACAUACAACACAUAGUGUGGACAAAAAAGUGUGUAGCACUCAGUGCUGUAUUUUCAAUUUUAACUGUGUUAUGGGUUUAUUAGUUCAUAAACUUUGUUGUUCCAGCGCUCCGUGUAAAAAUGACUGUAUGCCUCAUUCAGUAAUAAGCUAAAUGAUAAAACUCCAACAAAGUACUACUGUACUCACUGUGUAAACACUCCACUUUGUUAAAUAAAAUGACUCUGUACUAUG